AUGUUGACUUUGACCACUUUUCUCCUGCCUGCAGUUGGGCUGGACGCUGCUGGAAAAACCACUAUCUUGUACAAGCUGAAGCUCGGUGAAAUUGUAACCACCAUCCCAACCAUUGGUUUCAACGUGGAGACCGUAGAAUAUAAGAAUAUCAGCUUCACCGUUUGGGAUGUGGGUGGCCAGGACAAGAUCAGACCUCUGUGGAGGCAUUACUUCCAGAAUACACAGGGCCUCAUCUUUGUAGUGGACAGUAAUGACAGAGAAAGAGUGACUGAAUCUGCAGAAGAGCUCUCAAAGAUGUUACAAGAGGAUGAGCUGAAAGAUGCCGUUUUGCUGGUGUUUGCUAACAAACAAGACCUCCCUAAUGCCCUGUCAGUCAGCGAGCUGACCGAAAGACUUGGCCUACAAGCACUUCGCAACAAAACUUGGCACAUAGAGUCGACCUGCGCCACCCAGGGGACCGGGCUGUACGAAGGACUGGACUGGCUAUCCAAAGAGUUGUCUAAGAACUAA